AUGCCUAGGCUCAAAAUUGCUGUAAUUUGGCCGAUGUUUUUUAGUGAAUUCGAGCUUAUUCCUUCAUGGAUGCUCAACGUGGAUCUUGCGAUUUUUGAUGGUUUUGAAAUGUUCCUAGGGUUCCUUCAGAUAUAUUCUUUGGGUACUUGUAACGUCAACAGAAAAUUUGAACAAAGAACUAUAGAGUUGAUCGUGACAACCCACCAAGUUGGUGUAUUGCUUCUGUUCAAUUCCUCAGAUAGAUUAAGUUAUAAGGAAAAAAUGACCCAGUUGAAUAUAUUAGACGAUGCUGUUGUUAUUAACAAGGAGCCGAACACCAAAACAGUUUCUUCGACUGAUGUUUUUGAAUUCAACUCCAAGUUUACCGAUAAAAUGAGAAGAAUCAAGAUCUCUCUCCCUCCGAUCGAUGAGAAGAAAAAGAUAAUUGAAGGUGUUGACAAGGAAAGAUGGUAUGCCAUGGAUGCCUAA